AUGGAUUCCUCCGAGCUUCACGAUACCCAAGUUGUUGAUGAGACUAUGACUGAUGCUGUCAACAUGGUCGACGAGGGUGAUAUGGACAUUACUCCGAAGACCGAAGAAGAAUACGCCCAGUCGAUGCUGACCCUCCGUGCGAUCGUUUCGUCUAAGGAAGCCGGCGUGAUCAUCGGCAAGGCCGGCAAAAAUGUUGCUGACCUGCGCGACGAAACCGGUGUUAAGGCUGGUGUGAGCAAGGUUGUUCCCGGCGUCCACGACCGAGUCCUCACGGUGACCGGUCCUCUGCAAGGUACCGCUAGGGCCUACGCUUUGGUUGCCAAGGGCUUGCUAGAAGGUGCCCCGCAAAUGGGUAUGGGUGGCGUCGUAUCAAAUAACGGAACUCACCCGGUUCGCCUUCUCAUUUCCCACAACCAAAUGGGCACUAUCAUCGGACGGUCAGGCCUGAAGAUCAAGCAUAUCCAGGAUGCAUCCGGUGUACGAAUGGUCGCCCAGAAGGAAAUGCUUCCCCAGUCGACCGAGCGGAUUGUUGAAGUGCAGGGUACUCCGGAAGGCAUUGAGAAGGCUGUCUGGGAAAUUGGAAAAUGCCUCAUCGAUGACUGGCAGCGGGGUACCGGUACCAUUCUGUAUAACCCCGCUGUGCGUGCAUCUGUUGGCACUGCCCCAGUGAACCAAAACGUGGGCAAUGGUUACAGCAGCCGCCCCUACAACCGUACCGGCAAUGGUGCCGACUUUAGCGACCAGUCCGGUGGCUACGGCAGACGCUCCAACCCCGACACAUCAAACCGUGGUUAUCCCCUGGUUACCGAGGACGGCGAGGAAAUCCAGACGCAAAACAUCAGCAUUCCUGCUGACAUGGUGGGAUGCAUCAUCGGUAGAGCUGGAAGCAAGAUUACUGAGAUCCGUCGGAGCUCCGGAGCGAGGAUCUCGAUCGCCAAGGCUCCUCACGAUGAUACCGGCGAGCGCAUGUUCACCAUCAUGGGCAGUGCCCAGGCGAAUGAGAAAGCCUUGUAUCUUCUGUACGAAAACCUCGAAGCCGAGAAGACCCGCCGCAGCCAACUCCCACAGGAAUAA